AUGACGGACGGCGGCCAAGGCAGCGAACUUGCUGCUCUGGAGAAAGUGUUGCUCGAUGAAACUGCGGAUCCAGUCAAUCUACCUUUCUCGCUGCUCAGCUCCAUCACAGGAAAUUUCUCUGAAGCUCAGGAAACCGGCAGGGGCGGGUUCGGAGCCGUUUACAGGGGAGUGCUUCCAAGUGGUCGCUCUAUCGCGGUGAAGCAGCUCUUCGAGAGGUACGAGAUCCUGGACAAGAAUUUCGAGACCGAGGUCACCUGUCUCGCGGGGGUCAAGCACAAGAAUACCGUGAGAUUUCUCGGGUACUGCUCUGAGACGCAGCAAGUACUGAUGCCAUAUGAUGGGAAGCGUGUCUUGGCAGAUGUGCGGCAUAGGCUGCUCUGCUUUGAGUACAUGCCCAAAGGAUGCCUUGCUGACUAUGUCUCCGAUGCAUCUUGUCGACUUCAGUGGACCACACGUUACCAAAUAAUUAAGGGGAUCUGUGAGGGCGUACAUUAUCUUCACCAACAGGGUAUUAUUCACAUGGACCUCAAACCUCAGAAUGUAUUAUUGGAUGAUAACAUGGCGCCCAGAAUUGCGGAUUUCGGUCUAUCACAUCGCUUAAGUGGAAGCCAGAGUCGGGCUAUUACUGAGCACAAGCUUGGGACAAUGGGAUAUAUGGCACCAGAAUUCUUAAUUAGUGGAGAAAUCACCUUCAAGACCGACAUAUAUAGUUUGGGCGUUAUUGUAAUGCAGAUCCUUAUGGGACAUAAGGAGUGCUCCAGUGUUAAGGAGGUAGUUGAAAGCUGGACGGACAUGUUUGGGAUAUCAAAUAGUCACACAUCAUUGGAACAAGUAAAGGCAUGUGCCGAGAUAGGGAUACAAUGUACGAACUAUUACCCAGGGAACAGGCCGACUACAUGGUUUAUCAUCCAUAGAAUACUGGGUGACGCGGAAAUUUCAAAUUGGCCUGUUACAAGUGAUGUAGGUGCCUCAACAGAAGGGCAGGUACAAUCACUCAAUAGUAAACGUAUGUGA